AAGGCGAGGGCGGCAGCCCGAUGGCGAGCGAGGGCUACCGGUGCCGGGGCAGCCGCUUCAUCGAGAGCGGGCAGUCGGCGGUGCCCAGCUCGGUGCUGUUCGGGGCCGGCCUUUUGGGCAACGUGCUCGCCCUGCUGCUGCUGGGCCAGCACCGACGGCGCUCCCGCUCGCCCGGCGGUCGCCCGCCGAGGGUGUCCGCCUUCUACGUGCUGGUGAGCGGGCUGGCGGUCACCGACCUGCUGGGCAAGUGCCUGCUCAGCCCCAUGGUGCUGGCCGCGUACGCUUACAACCGCAGCCUGAGCGAGCUGGGCUCGCCCGGCGGGCGAGCCGAGGGCGAGGGAGCCCUGUGCCAGCUCUUCGCCUUCCUCAUGGCUUUCUUCGGGCUGGCCCCCACCCUGCUGCUGCUCGCCAUGGCCCUGGAGUGCUGGCUGUCGCUGGGCCACCCUUACUUCUACCGGCGGCACCUCACCCGACGGCUGGGGGCGGCGCUGGCUCCGGCGGCGGCGGGGCUGUGCGCGCUCUUCUGCGCGCUCCCGCUGCUGGGUUUCGGGGUCCCCAUGCAGUACUGCCCCGGCACCUGGUGCUUCAUCCGCAUGGCCGGCGGGGGGGCCGGCCAGCUCGGCUUCCCCGUGCUCUACGCCAGCCUGAUGGGGGUGCUGGUGCUGGCCAUCGGCGCCUGCAACGUGAGCAGCAUGCGGCACCUCUACGGCAUGGCCCGCAGGCAGCCCCCCCGCGGAGCCGCGACCCCCCCGGCCGCCGCCCCCCCCCGCAUGGAGGAGCUCGACCACCUCGUCCUGCUGGGGCUCAUGACCGUGCUCUUCACCGUCUGCUCGCUGCCGCUCAUCAUCCGGGCGUACAUGGGGGCAUUCGCGGCUGACUUCAACGAGAACGCCGACCUCAGCGCCCUGCGCUUCCUCUCCGUCAACUCCAUCGUCGACCCCUGGGUCUUCAUCAUCUUCCGCACCUCCGUCUUCCGCAUGUUCGUCCGCAGGCUCUGCCGCCGCCUCGGCUCCCGCAGGGCCACCCUAAAGGGACCGGGGCCGGAGGGGGACGGCCGGUUUUGCCCGCUGGGCUGGCGCAGGACGGACGCCCCGCAGCUCGUCUUCCCCUGAGCGCGGCGGGGCCGCGGGAGCUGGUGAAGAUGAGGAGCGAGCCUUCGGCCCCGAGCAGCGCGGGGACGGUGCCCGGUUGGUGACGGCAGGGCGGGCGCGCGGCGUUUCUGCCCUGUUUCGUCCCCGGGGAUGCGUGCCACCCGCGGGAGGAACCGGGGCCGGGGGGGUGCUCCCGGGGACCUGCGGAUAUUGCAGCACUCGGUGGAGAGUUUGGGGAGCGCACGGCUCCGGGAGGGCACGAGGAGUUUGGUGCGGGGCGCCAGGGCAGCGCUUUGGCAGGCAGCAGGACCACACAGGAUGGAGAGACUCAUGCCUCCCCCCUCGAAUAAAAGUGGUUCGGGGCCCUGCUCCAUCUCCUCAUCCCGCACACGAUGCCCAGAGAGCCGAUGGGGUUGUCCCCGGGGCCGGCCACAGCCCCCGCGCUGUCCCUGGGGUGCCUCGGGGUGCCCCGGGGAGGAGGAUGGGGGCAGCUCCCCAGCCCCUCCUCGGCUCAGGGCUUGUGAUUUCCCCGCGGUGGCUCUGCUCUGGAGAAUCGAUUGCGCCCAGCUGUGCCGUGGGAGGCUGCCGGUCCUGCCGUAAUUAUUUUAACGCGGUAUUUAUGACGAUACCCUUUCUUAAUAAGAGCGGCAAGCGAGAGAAAAAGCAGAGCCCAGGAUGUAUAACCUAGCGGUGCAAGCAUGCGAGCAACAGAUCGUUUUAAUGAAAGCUCCAUUUCCCCUCAACCACGCGUAUUAACUGGGGCUUGUUUAACAUCUGCCUCGAGUGACCAUUUAGGACAAAAAAAAUACGAUAACCCGAGUCCCCGUCUGCUUAGCGUCCUUGGAGGAGACAGGGCAAAUACUUCUCUCCCUCUCUUUAGCCAAGCCUUGCAAGGUGUAGCCGUGUUCCUGCCAGUUCUCACGCGGUAUUUACUCUUGUUGUCAAACCGAUUUUCCUUUUGAAGGAAGCAACUCGGGUAAAUAUAGCUUGGGGCUUUUUGGAGGUGACCUGAUGGCUUGUGCUCCGGCUCUGGGACCUGCCAGGCUCUGCCGGCGGGAGGGAAGGGCAGGCUGGCGGCGCGCUGCUGGAGGUCCUCGGGGUGGCACCCCCGGCCCUGCAGGUUCCCCGGUCUGUGCCCCGCAGCGGGGUUUUCUGCGGAAAAAGGACUGAACUGAGCACUGGUCUGCGUAUCGGUGUCCUAUUCCUCGCACGUUACCGACUCGGAGAUGGCGCACGUGGGACCCUGCGAGCUCAGGAGCGGCACCGAGGCAGCGCCACGGCUUUCACCGGACUGAUCUCCGCAGCAGGAUGGGCACCGGCUGGGAUAGCAGCUCUGCAAAACCUUCCUGCCGGCCCCUGGGCUGGCAUCUCCCCCGCCGUGUGGCUCCGUGCACCCUCUCAGGACGGGGGGACCGGGCUGGCACGAGCCGUGCCACCACCAGGAUUUGCUCCUGGAGAGCGUGCUGAAGCAGGCUGCGAGCUGGUGCCGCGAGCCGGGUGCUGACUGCGUGUCUGUAGAACCUGGGACUGUGCUCAGUGCGAAAUGAGAGCAAUUAAAUUAAAAUAAAUCAGGGUUUUUAUUAA